AGAACAACAACAUGGACAACUUUUGGUUCAACCAAUCAGAUUAUGAGUACGAAGUGGUGGAACCUUGCACUUACCAGAACAACCACAGUGUGGAGCUGUUGGUUGGUCAGUAUGUUCACUCCAUCAUCUGCAUCCUGGGCUUUGUGGGGAACAGUCUGGUGAUUGUUACCUAUGCCUUCUACAAGAGGACUAAGUCCAUGACGGACGUUUAUCUGCUCAACGUCGCCAUCGCUGACCUGCUGUUUGUGGUGUCGCUGCCUAUCAUCGUCUACAACAAGCUGUCGUCAUGGUCGAUGGGGCCGGUGGCCUGCAAGCUGCUGCACGGCUCCUACAGUGUGAACCUCUACAGUGGCAUGUUGCUGCUCGCCUGUAUCAGCACUGACCGCUACAUCGCUAUCGUCCAGGCCCGGCGCAGCUUCAGACUGCGCUCGCUGCCCCGCAGCCGCCUCAUCUGUGCCAUCGUCUGGACCUUUGCUUUUCUACUGUCUGUCCCAACAUUCUACUUUUACAACUGGUACGAGCCGUUGCACACCCAAGACGUCUACAUGUAUGACGGACACGAGAAGAAUCUAACCACUCCACAGUUUGUCUGUGAGUUCAGGUUCACUAAUAACAGCACGGCCUGGACAACCAAAGUGGCUGUUCCCAGCACCCAGCUGGCCGUGGGCUUCUUCCUGCCACUGCUAAUCAUGACCGUCUGCUACACCGCCAUUAUCGUCAAGCUGCUAAGUGUCAGAAAUUUCCAGCGGCACAAGGCAGUCCGGGUGGUAAUGGCUGUGGUUGUGGUGUUUGUCGCCUGUCACCUACCCUACAAUAUUGUAUUGUUUUACGACACUGUCAUCAUGUUCCAGCAUCAGAUGUGUGAAGCAUCCGAUGCCCUGCAGGUUGCCAAGACAGUAACGCAGACCAUCGCCUACCUGCACUGCUGCCUGAACCCGGUGCUGUAUGCCUUCGUCGGAGUGAAGUUCAGGAACCACUUCAGAAGGAUCAUCCAGGACCUGUGGUGUCUGGGGAAGAGGUACAUCGCCCCACGCCGCUUCUCCAGGGUCACGUCUGAGGUCUUCGUGUCCACUCGCCGAUCGGUGGAUGGAUCCAGUGACAACGGCUCAUCUCUCACAAUGUGAUAACGAUUGUUUUGGACCUGACAUGAGCAGUAGUUUUAGUCCAAGGCCGCAGGUCAAAACUCAAAUCCCCAUCUUCAUUUUAAUGAACAAAAUAAUGUUUUACUUUAUUUUUGUCUGUAAUAAUGAUGGUUUAACGAAUAAAAUAAAAAUAAAAUU